AUGGCGACCACCGCACCUCUAAGCGCAAAAAGCAAGCUCGCCGGUCCUGGCGCGUCCCUGAAAAUCACCCCCUCCAACUCCCCCGUACUCAGACCUGGGUCCCGAUCUCCCAGCAAAUCAUCCCACCAGUCCAUACUCUCCCUUCAGACAGUCAUUGGAACUUCCACCACAACCCCCAAUGGAUUCUCCAGCCAUGAUCAGAGCAAGAGCUUCGCGCUAUGCGCCGGUUCCGCUGCUGUCCUUGCCGAACUGGAUGACGACGCCAACGUCACCCAACGAUUCUUUCGAGCUCGUCCUUCCGCCACAAGUGUAAACCCGACCUCCUCCUUCUAUAACCAAGGGACCCCGCCAUCUACACCAGACCCCCGAUCACGAUCCUUAUCCCACAUUCGCUCCAACCCUCACCUCAAUGUUCCCAAUGGAUCUCCCUCGAACGAACUCUCGGACAAUGGCAGCCCACGCGCGUGGUCUUCCAGGGAGAGAGUCAAGGCUGUAACUAGUGUCUCCAUCAGUCCUAAUGGGCGGUUCCUAGCUGUAGGAGAGACUGGCUACAACCCUCGAGUUUUGAUCUUCUCAACCGCCAAAGACGCUUCACCCGAUGUUCCGCUCUCUAUACUCUCAGAACACACAUUCGGUGUGCGCAGUCUAGCUUUCAGUCCCGAUUCGACAUACCUGGCUACCUUGGGCACCAUGAACGAUGGAUUUCUUUUGAUUUGGGCUAUUAAUCUCAAGAAUGGCUCGGCCAGAUUACACUCGGCAAACAAGUGCACAUCGUUCAUUCGUGACAUGUGCUGGGUUGGCCAAUCGCUGGUUACAACCGGUGUACGCCAUGUUAAGGUAUGGAGGCUACCAGCUCCCCAACGCCCUGUUUCUCCAACCAAGUCCCGGUUGCACGCAGAUGGGGCCGCUCCCUCACCAAGCCCCGCUCCCAAGGCUCUCACAGGAAGAAACUGUCUACUGGGAGCUUUAGGUGAUAAUACAUUUAGCUGUAUUUCCAGUAUUUCGGAUCAAGAGGCGGUGGUUAGCACUGAAUCGGGUGCCGUGUGUCUCCUCGAUGAUCGGGAAGGGUCUCAAAAGUUAUCAUUUGUGACCCAACUUGGAUUUGGCAUAAGCUCCCUAGCCGUCGAUUUCGAUCGAGAAGCGAUUUGGCUCGGUGGUCGCGGAAAGAAGAUGCAGAAAUUAUCCUUCGACUCGCUCCGGAUAGCGCCCUCAUCGACAACUAUGUCGCCUGCCAGAUCGGGAAGAGCCACACCAGCACCAGACAAGCUGUGCAAAGCCCCUGCAAUUACUUGUAUGGGAUUCCUUUUCUCGCAUCUGGUCACAGUUGAGGCAGACCGCGAAAUCAAUAUAUAUUCGAUGGAUGCUUUACGCGACGAAGGUGCGCAAGAAAACGGGCAGACUUCCAUGCAGGCCCACCGAGACCCAGUACUCGGUAUUCGACGCCUGACGAAGCCGAAGAAAUCUUUGGCCGAUUUUUUUUCGUGGUCUCGAAACGGUACUGUCAAUUUCUGGGAGGCUCCGGAUAAGUGCCUAUCUUCGCAGACUGUGCCUCUUGAGCAAGCAGCUGCCGUGGACGAAGAUGUUGCCAAUGAGUUGAAAGUCUUGAGAGCUGCAGACAAAGCAGAAUGGUUCGUCUCGGGUGACAAAUUCGGAGUUCUAAAACUCCUCUCAGCCAACCCAUGGGCUUGUGUUACUGAAGCGCGUGCUCAUGGUGCUGAGAUCACCGACAUUGCCAUCCAUGCUUCACCUGAUUCUUGCCUUAUCGCUAGCUCUGGUCGAGAUCGAAUGGUGCAACUUUUCCAGAAAACCGACGACACAUUGCAACUAAUUCAAACCAUGGAUGAGCACGUCGGCGCAGUGGGGCAGCUUCUAUUCAUGAAUGAUGGCGAGAAGCUGUUGUCUAGUUCUGCAGACCGGACAGUCAUUGUCAGAGAGCGUGCAACCCGAGAGGAGAAUGGAGCAACUUCAGUUGCCUAUCUUAUUUCUCGGGUCAUUACUCUAAAGGCAUCUCCCGUGUCCAUGGCGUUCUGCCCUGACGAUUCAAACACGCUCUAUGUAUCCACCAUGGAUCGAAAUGUUUCGAAAUUCGACAUUCCCUCUGGACGACAGCUCCAUUGCUUCCGUGCAUCUGAUUCUGAAGGGAAUGAUGCCGUGAUAAUGGGAUCCUUGACUGUUACGUCGGAAAUUCCAGGACAAUGCCCGAAACUACUCAUCGGACUUUCCAGCACGGACAAGUCUAUUCGCGUAUAUGACUUGGAAAGAGAUAUCCUUCUCACUGGAGAGUUCGGUCACACAGAAGGCGUAUGUGACGUUCUGCUCAUGGAAGAAGCCGAUGACUCGGAUAAAUCAUGCCCGCAGCGAAAUUUGAUAUCCGCUGGCAUGGAUGGUAUUUUGAUGAUCUGGAACCUCUCUGUGCAACCUCAGCCAUCUCCAGAUCAGGUCAAUGGAAACGAGGACGACGGCCCGAUCAAGGAGAUGGCAGCAGCCAAGCCGCCUCUUCGCAAGGUGCUUUCGAGGAGCGAGUUAGCUGGAUUCCGUCCAGAGAAUCCCUUGGGAACACCCACACCGGUUCGCGAACUCUCUCCGACCCUAUCCAGGAAACUGUCCAAGCUCUCCUUGACACCAUCAAACCUGAAGAACCAUUCCCUUGCAGAAACACCAUCACCUCCUAAUCGUCUUUCGCCAACAUCCUACACUUCAGUCAAUCACAACCGUCGAUCCCCUUCACCAGUGAGCCCGAAAUCAAGGCCUUCAGUUUCCAGGAAAUCCAGCAGUAUUAGGAACUCAAAUCGCCGUACGUCUCUCGAUUUUCGAGCACGCACGAAGCAAUCGAGCCGCAGCGAGUUUGGAAGCCUGGAAAUGUCCAGCGAGCAACUAUGUCGCACUCUACGAGCGUAUCGAAAGAAGCUUCAUGGCUCAUCCCAGCAAAUAGAAGCGCAGAAGGAGCUCGAGCGUGAACUUAGUCUCACGCUUCAUGCCGUGAAUGCGCGGUCACUCAGCGACGAAAGUGCCGAGACAGAAACAGACAGUAGCGGCAAAGACAUGGAUCGCAAACCCAGUUUCUCCUCUUCUUCCCCAAGAUCUCCUCAACAGCUUCGUCAUGUGCCCUCGACUCCGUCACUACGUCACAGGAAUGUACCCAAACUCAGGAGUCAAUCUUACGACGCAACCACCAAUGAAUAA